GUUGAUCCACCACUUGAAGAAUUAGAAAAAAGUAAUUCAUGGAAAUGUUGGAUUACAACUCGUGAUAAUAUAUUUGGAAAUUAUUUGGAAAAGCAAUUGAAUACGACAAUAAAAAAUAUAUCACCAAUUAUAUCAUCAAAUAAAGUAUAUGUUAAACAUGCUGAUACUUUUAUGGUUGGAUGCCAAGUUAUGCAGCCAAUUGAUUCUUGUUUUUUAAAGAGUCCAAAUGGUACAACAUUUACUGUAACAAAUAGUGACAUUAUUCCAACUUAUCCAGGUACAGAAAAAAUGAAUCUUGAUAUGGAAAAUUACAUGAAACGUCUGUAUUCCUCGAAAAAUCCUGUGCGAACAUUGACACCAGCAAUAAACAAUAAUUUUUCAAUGGGUGAUUGCUUCACUAUGUUUCCAAAUGCUGGUAAAAGUCAUGAAGGAGAUUGGACUUGUCAACUUCGUCUCAAUUCUACUAAAAAAGAAAUUACCACAAAAGUUUCAGUAAUUAUUAAAGAGUCAUAUCUCAUGCCAAGUUACAGAAAAAACAAUGGAAUAAAAACAUUAAAUUGUACUGCAAUUCCAACACUUCCAUCGAAAAUUAAUUUUUGUCAAUGGAUAUUACGUAAUGAUUCUGGUACUUAUGUAAAUACUGAUUGGAACAUCAAAACUUUGCACAAUGAUACAAGCUGUGUAAUAAACUUGCCUGAUUCAAAUGGUCCUUAUAAGGGCAAGUGGAGCUGUUCUGUUCAUUUUAAAAAUGAUUUUGGAGACACAUUUCAUACAAGUAAUUUUAUUGAAAUAUCUGAUUGA